CCCCCUCUGGUGUGGUGCUCGCCGGCCUGCGCAUGCGCAGAGGGAGCGGCCCCGGAUUUAAAGGGGCCGCGACGCGAAAAAAGGAUCCCAGGGAUGUCCCGGCGAGGGAAGGAGGAGUACGAGCGGCACUACGCGGUCACCGAGCCCCGCAUCCACCCCAAGGGCUACACCGAGUACAAAGUGACGGCCAAGUUCCUCUCAAAAGCGAAACCAGAAGAUGUCAAGGAGAUUGUGGUCUGGAAGCGAUACAGUGACUUCAAGAAGCUGCACGGAGAGCUGGCCUACACUCACCGCAACCUUUUCCGACGCCUGGAGGAUUUCCCCGCCUUCCCUAAAGCCCAAGUCUUUGGCCGGUUUGAGCCCGAGGUGAUUGAGGAGCGUCGGAAGGCCGCCGAAACCAUGUUGCGCUUCACCGUAAACAUUCCAGCUUUGAACAACAGCCCUCAGCUGAAGGAAUUCUUCCGGGGUGGGGAGGUGAGAAGGCCUCUGGAGAGCCCCGACCUGCCGUCUCUGCCUCCGCCCCUGAUCCCAGUGCCUUCGGAAGGGGUAGAGCCGGCAGAGGAUGCGCUGGGAUCUGUCGCUGAGGAGGGGACUCUGGAUUUGAACCCGGACCUGUGUGGGGCCACCGACGCGGUGGACCAGGGGGGUAGCCAGGAGCCCAAAAUGGAGGAAAGAGGGACGCCUCCUUUGCCCACGAAGCACCACCACGACAACGACAACGACGAGGCCUUUGACGCCCUCUUUGCUUUCGGUGGAGAUGAUGAAGAAGGUGGGGAGAGGGGGGCGGGAUCGCCUUCCUGCUGCCUCUUGUCCGUCCAGGAGCUGGCCCUCUUUGACCCUUUCUCCAAAGAAGCCUCCACGGCCGCCCCCCCUUCUCACGGGGAAGAGCUGGCUGUCCUCACCGCUGCCUUGGACCACGAACCAGCGCUUUCUGCUCCUGGUCAGGGACUGGUGCAGGCAGCCCAGGAAGGAGCAGCUGAGCCAGACCCGGGCGGGUAUCUCCCCCUGGCCACCGAGCGCAUCCGGCGUGCCCUAGAGAGCGAAGCAGCCCAAGACUACAAAGGGGCCUUCCAUGGCUACCGCAGCGGGGUGGACCUACUGCUCCAGGGCCUGCAAGGGGAUCCUGAUCCAGCCCGUAGGGAGGCUGUCAAGAAGAAGACGGCCGAGUACCUACAGAGGGCAGAGGAAAUAUUUCAGCAACAUCUAAAACAUCUGCAGCUGUGAGCCAUGUGGUUGCACACCCCAGCGUAUGUACACAAGAGAGAGGGCCCUGUGCCAGCUACAGGCGCCUGGUUCCAGCGGGCUAGAAUCCAUUCUGUGACUGGCCUUCCCUCUCCAUGUACCCCAUUUUGUUGGGUAUUCCUGUAAAAUACGUGUUUGUAAAUCUUC